AUGGACCACGGGGGACAUGGCGGACACGACGGGCACGACAUGCCCACCAUGGCGCGAUGCAAGAUGAACAUGCUCUGGAACACCGAUAUCAUCGACACCUGCAUCGUCUUCAAGAGCUGGCACAUACGCACAUCUACCGGCUUCCUCCUUUCAUGCCUUGCCAUCGUCGCGUUGGGUGUUCUGUACGAGUACCUUCGCGGCGUCCAACGGGAUCUCGACAAGCGCAUUGCGCUGUCGCUCGCUGCGGGCAAGGCAAAAGGGAGGGAGAGGAGCAGGACCAGGGACGGAGAUUCAGGGCAGUCGGAAGGUAAUGUCGCUACGCUUGUCGAUGUCGAGGAGGUCGAUUCGGAGGAGGCGGGGUUGCUGACUGGUCGACGGGCACUGAAAUCGUCUCUUACAGGCACCCCAGUGCCGCCUGUGUCGCGCGCCCUCCGUGCUGCCGUAUACGGAGCGACGGUGUUCCUCAGCUUCUUCCUCAUGCUGGUGUUCAUGACAUACAAUGCCUAUCUAAUUUUCGCCACCGUCCUCGGUGCUGCGCUCGGUCACUACAUCUUCGGCGCAACGAUCAACGUUGACGCCAUCCUCUCGGAGUCGAGUGGUGGAAAGGGAAUGGCAUGCCAUUAA